UAAAAAGGCUGCACUGAGCGAGCACUCAACUGAAUGUGCAUUCACAGUGGAGCGACGCUGUCAUUGUGGCUCCGCGCGCAAAUUGAGCGAGCCUGCUGUAGGACCAAAUGGAAUCAACCCAAAAUAUUUACCGAAUUGUAUUUUUGACUGAGUCUUAAUCUGUUGUGGACAUUUCUAAGGUGCACUUAACUAAAAGAGGAUCCUGUUGAACCCGUCAUGAAAAUGAGAGGAAGAGCGGUAAAGAUGCUUGACAGCUAUUGGGGAGGUUGACGUUGGCUACGCCCCCCCUACGCCCAGGUGGUCGGUCUUGGAGCAUGCCCAUAUCCCAUCAUGCCCCUGCUGGCAGGCUGGCUACUGCGCCACUCGGUGGUUAUGUGUCUGCUGCUGCACAGCCUGGUGCUGAUGACCUGCUGCUUCCACCACGCCGCCACCAGCUGCUCCCAGAGCUGCUACUGCACAGAGAGCGAGACCGGGGGAAAGACUGUGCGCUGCAGCAACCUGCGCCUCACCGAGGUGCCCCAGGACCUGCCCAACGACACGCGACGAGUCUACCUGGACAACAACCUCAUCACCAGUGUUCCCAGUGACACCUUCAGCGACAUGCCCCUCCUCACCGAGCUGGACCUGUCCCACAACGAGCUGGCCCAGCUGGAGGCGGGGGCCUUCCGAGGGCUGGGCCACUCCCUGCACUUCCUGGACCUGUCCUCAAACAAGCUGGUGACCUUCGACCCCAAGGCCUUUGAGGGCCUGCGAACACGCGCCAACCUGACUAACAACCCCUGGCACUGUGACUGCAACCUGCAGAUGGCCAUGCCCCACAUAGACCUGGAGCCCAUGUCGCUGACGGGCAUCGUGUGCCAGACCUCGGAACCUCCAGACAUGGGUGUCGAGGGCGUGCCCUUCCUGCUGGCCAAAGACUUGGACCUCUGUGUGGUGAUGAAGAAGACCACAGACGUGGCAAUGCUGGUCACCAUGUUUGGCUGGUUCACCAUGGUUAUCUCCUACCUGGUCUACUAUGUCAGGCACAACACGGAGGACGCCAGACGCCACCUGGAGUACCUCAAGUCUCUGCCUGGGAAGCAGGGAAAGUCCGAGGAGUCUUCCACCAUCAGCACUGUGGUGUAGGUGCUGAGGGAGUGCAUGGGGGGUGGCACAUAUCCCGACUGUAUUUGAUUGGAUUCUGUGACUGGGGUGCGACACAGACAGUGGCCAAGACAGGUGGUCAUGGAUGCAUAGGACUUUCAGCUGCACCUUGUUCCCUAAGGCAGCCCCUAAAUAGUUUGGUCUUUCUGUUAUAUUCAAGCCAAGGUGGCAGAACUUGUGCCUGUGCUGGAAGUCCAGGCAAAACCAAUCUAACCCAGAUUAAUAAUUCAGACCAGAGUGGGUCAUUAAAGACUAUGCCAUGGUGAGUAAAAGCAGAGGACUGUUUUGGAGAGUUCCAAAAAUGGUCUUUAAAUGGGAUUUAUUCAGUGGGGCAUGCACCUUGAUGCACUUCCCCUCCAGAGACACCACUCAGGAUGCCUACGAAGGGAUUCUUUGGCCACAUCCAAACAGCAAUAAAACAAAACAACAGUAUAGAGCUACACACGCGUUAUGCUCUCUUCGCAACUCUGUCGGUCAAGUCCUUAUUCCUUAAAGAACUGUUGUCCAUGCUGCAUCCAUACAGUAAAGAUAUUCAUUACUAUAUUAUAAACAGUGAAAUGUUGUUCUUUUUGAUUAAAACGUCUU